AUCAGCAGUGCAAUCCGCAGCCUUCAGGCUACUUACUAGUCGCGAGGUGUUCGUUAAGACGCGGACUAUUUUUUUGGUGCUAAAUUAAAAGAAUAUAUCAGUUUUCUAUCUUGGCAAGAGCUUCAAUCUGAUGGAGACAGUUGCAUGCUAGGAUCUACCUAGCACAAUGCGUUCUCCAGAAUCUAUUUAUUUCACUGGAUAUCGGUAACGACAACUACUGAAAAGGAAUCACAGCAAGAUGGCCUCGUUCUUCCACCAAUUACGACUUCUUCUUUGGAAAAAUUGCCUGAGCGUUAUCAGACAGCCCGGCUGGUCUGUGGCGCUGCUCGUCUGGCCCCUCGUCAUCUUCAUCAUCCUCGCCAUCACCCGCUCGCAGUUCCCCCCAAAGCUAAAAGGCACAUGCUAUGUGGCUCCCCGAAACCUGCCGAGUGCCGGCUUCUUCCCCUUCCUCCAGACCCUCAUGUGCAGCACGGACAGCACCUGCUCCAACACGUCCUACCUGGUGGGGUCCAGCAGCCGAAGCUCCGCCCCGUCGUCGCAGUGGACGGCGGAGGACGUGCGCAAGUUGGCCCUGGUGCCUUUCGACCUCGACGGUUUCGAUGCAGCCCAACGGGGCAGUGCGGUCAAAGCAGCCCUGGAUGAGGACGGCGGUGAGGACCAGCCACACAUGAGCCAGAUCUGGAACAAAAUGCUGGAUCCUAGCUUUGAAGGCCUGCCUAACAAGACUGAACUCAUGGCCACCCUGAACUCAACCUUGCUAGAAGACCAGGAGGUUCUGAAUGCCAUGCUGGAGUCGGUGAACCUGCUGAAGAAGUCGCUGUGCAGCGCCUCCCUGUCCAUGCUCAAAAACUCCACCCUGUCCUCCAUAGAGCCCCUCACUUACGCGCUCGUCACCUUCUGCAAGACCAACGACACGCUGCUGGAGGUCCUCCUUCUUACACUCAACCAGGCCGUGACGGAGCAGAUGCUGACCAACCCGGCGGAGCUGCUGGACACGGUGGGGGCGGCGGUGGUGGCGUUCGAGCGGCUGCAGCUGCAGAACCCGCCGUGGGAGGCGGCCCUGCGGUUGCCCCGCCUCUUCACCCCCGACAACGCGCCGGGGAAACUGAACGAGCUUUUCUCUCUGCUGAGCGACGUCAAGAGGUCUCUGAUCUCCAUCCAGAGCAUUUUCCCUCAAGUUCCCGUUGCCACGGCGACUCCCGUCCUGGAUCACGCUCUCAGCUUCCUGCAGUACCUCAGCGACUGGCCUGGCAAAGGUGUCGACGUUCCUCUGAGUGAUGUCGUCGUGGUACCCCAAAAUAUUUCCCUGUCUGACACUGAGGCUGCUGUGAUCGAGCGGGUCAAGGUCCCAUUGGAUAUGGCCGCGGUGCUGAUGGAUUAUCCCACCUUUGAACACUAUGUGUGCGCCGGCAACCUCUCCUGUGGGGACGGGGGGCUGUUUCGGCUGUUCGGAUGGAUUAACCAGGACCAGGUCACCCAGCAGGUGUACCAGGCCUGGAGGCAGCAGGUGGCCUCCUCUGACGUCGCCUUCGUCAAUCGGAUGCUGAAUGACCUCCUGGCGACCUACAGCCCCGAGAGCGAGAAUCUGUUCUCCUUCCCCACGAUGUCCUCCCCCAAUGCCAGCGUGCAGCCCCAAAGCCUGGGAGAGCAACUGUUCCUGGACGCGGGUUCGAUGGUCCUGGGCCUGCUGAGGGGACGCCCUGGCGAGGGGUUCGUCCAAACGGGUCUCAUGGGGGCCCACGCCUCCAUGGAGCUGGCCGCACAGGUCCUCGAAACGCUGCAGGAACAAAUGGACAACUUGCUGAAGGACGCCCAUCACGUCAAGCAGACGUUCCUGUCCCUCAUGCAGGACGAGGCUUCCGCCAACGACUGGGCCGGAAGCGCCGUGGGCUCCGCCAUGGACGGAAUCUUCACGAAGGUGCUUUUCUCCUCGGAUCCCGGGGCGUGCAGGGACCUCCUCGCUUCGUGGGACUGGCUCUCCAAGCUGAGCUCCUUCCCCCCUGGCCUCUGGAACGCCGUCCUCUGCCCGUCCAACGACUCCCGCUUGCUCGACGCGCUCGCGACGCAGUGGUCUCCCGUGGUCCCCGAGUUGCUCAGACUCAUGGGAGUGGUCAACGGCAGCGAGGUGUUCAACGUCACCGCUCCCAUGCUGCUUACUGAUUGGCACAAGCUGUCCGGAACCGUCCUGCAGUUCGGCCAAUCCCUGGGAGGGUUCUCGGCGUACGACUGGGCUUCCUGGAUGCCCCAGCCGAGCAACAUCACGGUGGACUGGUCCGGAAUUCUCAUGAGGAGGGGCCUGGAAUCUUUUGUGGGAGUGGGCUUGGAGCUGGAAAAGAGCCCUGAUUGGCCUGGGAUGGAAACAUACUUCCACGUUGCCUACUGGAUCAUGACCUUCCAACCCAACAUCACAGCACCUCCGAACUGCACUGUUGACUCGGACACUAUGGCGCCCCUCUGUCACACGGAUUUCACCUGGGAAAAAUUUGUCCCACUGGGCGCGUCUCUGUUACAGGAGAUCUCCACCAAUCCAAUGGCUUUAGUGAGGUGUGUCCAGGGCUCUUUGGCUUUUCUGCAAGGUGUGUAUGGACAGUUUGCUGUUGGCACAGUGAUGAACCAACUGAGCGCCCCCGAUCUGUUGCCCGGCGAUGGGUCCAUUCAGAGUCGCCUGGAUCAUCUUAUCCAGAUCCUGGACAGAGACCUGAUGCUGUUCUCUAACAUCUCGCCCCUGGAGCACUUUGACAGCCAGCUGUCACAGACCCUCCUCGGGGAAGCAGUCGAGGCCCUGGGCCUGAAGCCCCUGGAGGCACUGUGGACACAAGGCCCUGUCAACGACUCUGACAUAAUCGGUGCCAUAACACUGGCUGCUCAAAACAACCAGCACCUUUUGUCUGCCUUGGACUUUCCUGAGAACGCGACGGACCCGUCUCUGGCAGAAUUGGAGGCUCUGGUCUUCCGGUGGUUGUCCGGAGGGGGGAGUCUGUCCCUCCCCCUGUCCCUCAGUAUGUCCGACGUCCUGCUCACGUACUCCGCUUCCCUGAACUCCACGGACCUGGCGUACCUGCAGACGCUUCUCCGGCCCCUAACUAACCAGAGUGCCAGGGGUGUGUUUGAGCUGGUCCUGCAGGCCAUGCAGGGAUUGAAGCAGGUGUUGGAGGCACCAGGUGACCCCUCGAUGGUGAUUCUAGGCUACUUGAACCAGCUGCAAGACUUCCUGAUGUCCGCCCUGCAGUUGCACGGAUACACACAGCUUCUCGGGCAAAGCGGCAUCACCCCGGAGCAGUUUGUUGACCUUCGCCCAGUGUUCCUUCAGACCAUCCAGCUCAUCCAGGGUUCCAACAUGACCGGUGAUCUUGCAGCCUUGGAUACCGUCCUUAUGCACCUGGGUGGCUUCCUCCCUCCAGAGCUCCACCCCCUCUAUGAGGCGCUCAUCAACCAAACCGGCGUUCUGAUUGGACGGCUGUCCAGCUGCGCCGCCGCUGGGUUCGACUGCGCGGCUGCAGUCUCCCACGCCUUUCAAAUCCUGUCUCAGUCCACAGAAACUCUGCUGCAGACAACCAAUGGGUCAGUCAACGUCCAGCUGGCGCUUGGCUCUGACUCCUACUUCUCUGAUCAGGCAGACCUGCCCCUUUCUGCAACUGGGGAUCUCCUGUCCCUGUUGCUGUUGGGGUCAAAUAGCACCAACACAUCCUGCCCUGUAGAGAAGACUAUCACCCAGACUCUGCACUUCCUUGAGCAGGUCUUGGCGAUGCCCAACAUCAGCCUGAGCUCCUUGCAGGAAGCCCUCCGUGUCUCCAACCUCACCCUUGGCGAGCUGGACAUGCUCGCCAUGGUGGCAGGGUCUGCUAAUGUCUCUACAUUACUGGCAGACCUCUUGGCCAUUGUGGACGUUGGCCAGCAGUGCUUCCAAAUCCACCCCCAGAAUGUGUCCUUGGAUUCGGGGCUCCCAAAACCAACAGAAGCCGACUGCAUAGUAGAGCUUAUUAUGAGGACAACAGGGUUCCUUCAAGGUCUCAACAUGCCCCAGGAAACCCAGACGAUAUUCAUGACCCUGCAAAACUUGAUCAAGUUCUGGGCCUCUGAGGCAGUGGAGGAAGGAGGCCUGGCAUCUCUGAUUUACAAGCCUGGGGAAGACCCACUGGCCACAUCCAUAAACACAUUGACUGUCCUGCUGGGAAAUAUCCAAGAGAACCUGCAUGACCUCUUCCCGGAAUUCUGGCCCCAGAUCAACAGUGAAAUCCAAUUUCUGGAGAGCCUACUCCAUCUGGCAAAUGAGACAUUCCCAUACACCACUACCAACUCCACCCAGCAGAUGCAUAACCAGACAGUAUCACUAGAAAUCAUGGAGUGGUACCUGGAGAAGUUGAAUGACGUGAUACAGGGCAAAAAUGUCUCCUUACUGCUUUACCCCAUGAUCAGGAUGGCUGAGUUGCAGCUGGCAUAUCAGGUGGCUCAGCAGGAUUUUCAAAUUUUCAUAGCACAGGAGACUGAAGACCUGAUCCAGUCAGUGCAGCUUCCCUUGAAUGAGGCGGACUUCAACAAAAUCGAUAACUAUAUCAUUGCCGUCAUUCAGGCUGAGCUACAAUUGAUGAAGGAAAACCUUGAACUGCAGAGGGAGUCUAAUGCGGUAUUCGGUCUGCAAGCGCCAGACUUCCUGGAAGAGAUUGACGCUCAAGCGAUGAAAUACAUGAACCUCAUUUGUGAUUGGCUGGGGGACACCCACCUGAGCUCGGUCGUUGGCGGCAUCCUCCAAUGGGAUGCAGGCUAUCUGAACAACACCACCCCGGGGCCGAACAUUAGCCAGCUGCUUGACACCUUGACGCCCUUCCUUUCGGGGGAAGAGGCGGCCGUCCUCGCGCUCGUGGGGCGCGUCACCCAGGCCCUGGAGCGCGCUGUCCUAGCGGGCGGACGAGAGGGAGGGGUCCAGAGCGACGACUUCGCGGAAGCCAUUUCGGAAGCGGUGGGGGCGAUCCUGAGGAACGUCAGCACCGAGACGGGACCUCUUCCGGACUCUCUCGUCGCGAGCGCCCUGCAGGUCCUCUUGGAGUCCCUGCAGCUGAUUGGCAAUCCUGACAUGAGCUACUCGGAUGCUCGUCAGCUCACGGUGAAUGUCCUCGAGAAAGCCGGGGGGUUGAUCCAGGCCGUGUUUCCUCCGGAAGUCUCCCCUGUCCUUCUGCAGAUGAGUCAGGCUGUCACCGUAUACCUGGAGACCAUCGCCGAACCGGGCGGUCAGGAUAAGUGGAACCAGAUCAUCAUGAGAGAGCUGCAGCUUUUCUUGCCUGGCAACUCGAGCGUUGACGCCUAUCUGUCUGUGAUCAUGAACAUCACUGAGCUCUUCCUGGGCCCUGGCCAAGAGGGCAACGGCAGCCUGUGGGAAAGUUUGCAGGGCGUUGACAUUGGAAACCUCGCGGAAGUCAACGAAAAGGUCCAGUACGUCCUGACCACUCUGUCCCACCUCAUCCCUGGGGGGCAGGAAUGGGGCACGGUUCUGCAGUCUACCCAAGCACUGGGGGACUUGGUCCCGGUCCUGCUGGAGGUCUUAAGUGUACAGGCAGAUGAGCUCACCUGGCAGAGGGCAGAGAGCAUGCUGGGAGAUCUCCUCUCAGCCAUUCAAGGCGGCCCAGGCAAUGAGACCCUCCCCACUGCCGUCGCGGUCAUAAAGGAGGUCAUCGCUGGCUGGGUUCACGACCUCAGGGCUCAGACAGAGCUGAUCCACGGCCUCCAGGAGCCCUUCUCCCGCCUGCUGGCGGACAUCGCGCGCGCCGCGAACUCCAGUGACACGAACGCCACCGACGCCUUCAGCCUCGUUCCUGACGCCGUCCUGCGCACCAUCCGAGCCGUCCAACAGGCUGAGGAGGCAGGCCGGGCCUUCGAGUGCGGCGAGGCCCUAGAAGCCUGGGAAGCGGUUGCAGACGUGGCCGGGAUCAGCGAGGCCAGCCUGGGCAUGUGGUGCAACGUCAGCCUCCUCCCGGCCAUAAAUUCAUACAUGGCCUACCUUGGGGGAGCUGUGCAGCACAACGUUACUGGUGCUGGCGUGGAGACGAUGCCCGCGAACGCCAGCGCAGAGCUGAUCGUGGCCGAGCUGCAGUCCGCGUACCUGGCCAUCGUGAACCACUCCCUCGUCAUAGAGGCCUUCACCAGUGACCUCGCGGGUCACUGCCUGCUUCUCGACCUCGUCCCGCCACCAGGCCUGUCUAGCAUGGAGGACUGGAUGAGCAGCGUUCUCAGCGAACAGCUGCUCCAAAGUGCUUUGGCUUUCCCAGAAUUCCUCCUGCCCUCGCUGGAGCAGGCCACUGCUGACUGUCCCUACUUGCAGCCGUUAGCACAGGCCCUGGAGCUGACCGUGGACUACACCCUCCAGAACUCUCUCCAGCCAGAGAACUCCUCGUUCGCCCCUAACUUCCUCGGCCAGGCCCUCCAGGUCGUCCUGAGCGGGCUGAACUGGACCGGCGACUCCCUGGACCAGAUCACGAGCGGAGCGGUCUUCUCCAGCGCCGACGGCGACCUCAUCGACAAAGUCAUAAAGGACGCCAUCAGGGAGAUUAUCCGGCAACGGAUACUGGGAGACUGGCCUGUGGCUUACCAGUUCAUGGAACAGCUACUGGGGGCAAACGCCACCUCCCUGAUCCUGGAGAAAGCCUUUGAGCUGAGUGAAUGGUGGAGGUCCACGGAAACUUCCGGAAUGGAGUUUGUGUGGGAGGCCAUGGUGAAGCUCUACGGCGCAGUCAGGGAUUUGCUGUCUUUGGACAUCCUCCAGAGUUCCUACUCAGACCUCUUCAUUGAACUUUUCGGUAACAUCCUUGACACCCUGAGGCAGAUGGCCAGCACGAGUGACAUCUUUGCCCCCCUUGACACCUACAUCGCCCAGUUCCAGGAGCAGCUUGGCAUGUCGCCUCAGCCUCGGUCCGUCGGCAGGGUCAAACGUAUGGCUGACAGGCCGCCAAUAGAGGACUACCUGGACCUACUUGAAAUAGACUACCCUGCUCUGCUGAAGGCUCUGUCUGUCCCGCCCACAACUGCAGAGAUCAUGGAAACUGUUAAUGUGUUCUUUGCUAAUCCAGACCUUGCCACUGUGUUAAAGGGCUGGUCCAUGCAGUUGACCGGGGACCGACAGGCUGAAAUCAUUGACACUGCCCUCAAAACUCUCUCCUACGCCACUGCGUCUGGGCAGUGGGAGAAGUAUUUUGACGUGUUCACGGAGAUUGGCAGAGAAGGUUGGGGUCUCGAUGACCUUGGGAAGAUGGAGAAACUUCUGGAAAGUAUGAGUACCCUCAUUGACGUGGCUACCGUGCUGUCCCGGCAACCUUCCCUUGACAUCGCUCAGAAGGUGGAGCUCAUGAUCCACGAGUUGAGCCCCAUAGUCUCCCAGAUAGCACAGAGCCAGCAGGGUAACCACACUGAUACAGCCAUCCAGUUCUUCACAGCUGUUAAUAGCAUACUGAGUACGAACUUGGAGGCUGCCAAAGACAUCGACACCCUGAUUUCUGGGAUCGUUCAUGAUCUUAUAACCUCUGUCUCUGAACCUGAGUCCCAGACAAGCCUGGCCCCUUACACGAUGGCGCUGGAUCAGACCAUCGCUGCCUUUGCCACCUUCCUGCCUCCAGAGGAUGUGAUGUACUUCAACUCCUCAGCUCAGAUGAUUGAAGGCUUUGCAAUGCUUUUGUUCUCGCCAAUGGACACAGAGAGCCUUGUGGGGUCCGUCAGCUUGGUCUCAGACUCACUGGACCACCUCCUGGCUGCUGCUGGGGAGACCAGCUUUUCCACUGGGCAGCCUGUCCAGGAUGUCACCCAUCCCCUGAUCCUCAACAGUGUUCUCGCUACCCUGGCCCUCUGGAACCUCUCCAUCUCCAACUACACCUUUGGAAGCAGUCAAGAGCAAGAACAGGCAGUAACACAGGUGGUCGGACACCUGGUGUCCCUUCUUCCAGAGGACCAGAGGCAGUAUGUCCUGCCUCUCCAGACCCCCCUCCUCGCUGGGCUGUCUGGGGUGUCCAGCAGUGCUGAAAUCCCCCACGCUUUCCUCAACAUUUCCGAACAGGUCACUGUCUCUCUUCUGAUCAUGCUGAAUAUCACCGAGUCUCCAGAGGACCUGAGCACCUCCCCCUAUGGCCUCGCCGGCACCCUCUUCUCUGUCUCAGACCUGGUGUCCAGGAGCCUGUGGACAAGCUUGUCCCAGGACCCGUCCGCAAUGCGUUUGCCUCUCGUGUUCCAGUCCCUACGCCAGGCAGUCAUCCUCCUGGACCCCGUACUACCACCCGAGGGCAGACACUACCUUAAUGCCUCCCUCUACGUCCUCGAGACCUUGGCCAUCACCCUCAACCACACCGGUGGAGACAUGGGCGGUGCCGCCUCCACCAUAGCCACCUCUGUCCAGUCCCUGCUAGCUGUUGUGCCAUUCCCAGCUUCCCAGACCACCGCUGACGUCAUUGGCAACCUUGAGCAGACAGUCCAGAGGGUCCUGGCCAUCCUCUCCUCUGACCUGGGGCCCAUGGAUCAGGCUACCAGCAUCACCCGGGUUCUCCUGCAGGAUGUCCACAGCAUGCUCACCCUGGCCCUCAACAGCACAGAGGCUCAGAUGGCCCAAGUAGUGUUCGGGGCUGUUAAGAUGAACAUGGGCCAUCUGCUGACAUUGAAUUCAACAAACUGGGCAGAAAAGCUUCCAUACCUGUUGUUUGACAUUGGUGACAGAAUUCCAGAUGGGGUCCCCUUUGCUCAUUUGAUGAAGAACCUUUUCAAUGAAUCUCAAGAGUCCCUUCAUCACCUGUCCCAGAUGGGUGACAGCCUCCUCAAGGUUCUUGAAACCGAUUGGAUGUCCGGCAACUUCACCCCUCUUGUUGACACCCUGCUGAUCCAGGUGUGUGAUUUGGAGGGGCUGAGCUCGCUCCAGGAGCUGUACCGGGCGCUGUCACUCCCCCCGGGGUUCCUGUGCUCCAUGGGGGUCCCCACCACGGAGGUGGUCCACAUGCUGUCCUCCAGCCUGCUGCGGGAUGCGGGCGCGGGCCUCAAAGUCGUCUCCGACGCCGUUUUCGAGACCUUCAUUGGGGACCCCACCACCUACCACGUGGACUCCAACUGGACGAAUGCCCUCUCAAAUUACCUGGGACUCAAUGUGACCAGUCUGAGUUACCUCAACAUCAGUGUCAUGGCUCCUGGUCAGGUGAAAGUGUCUGACCUUCUGAAGAACAAAACGGCAUUCGUGAUCGAUGUCCUGCACCUGACCAGAAUACCCUCCGACGUCCUCAAUGGUCUGAUGGACACCGUUCUGCCCGACAACAACCUCCAGCUGCUGGCCUGGCUAGCUGACAUGCGUCACUGCGAUGACCCAUCAGCCCUGUCGCUGAACCGCACGGAGGAGCUGCUCUUCAAGUCCUUCUGCUCGCUGAGUCCGCACGAGUGGUACAACUUCGUGGUGCUGGUGGUUCGCUACGUCAACGUGGAGAAUGUCAUCUACAGGCUUAUCCUGUCCAGUGACAUGCAAGGCCUGAUCGGCUUCAUGCUGGAGAUGCUGAGAUUCUUGAUGAGCAUGUUGGACAGACUUCUGCCUGCCAUCCAACGGCUGCAGGGCUACCUGGUCUCCAUCGGCGACCUCAACCUCGUUGCCAACUCUGAGUUCCGAAGUCUGGUAAAUCAGGAGCGCUCCACCAUCUCCAGCAAGGCCACCUUCCUGACCGUAUCCAGAGCCAUGUGUGCCAAUGGCAUGCUGUCCCUGUUCGGCAUCUCCAAGCUGCCCAUCUCGUCCGAGACGGACCCGUCCACGCAGGGGGACCCCAAGAUCGAGGAGCUCAUCGAAAAGUUCAACAUCCCCCGCGAUGCCACUCCGUUCUGUAUGAACUUCUACCUGGACAUGGUGAACACCACAGGGGGCGCUGUUGCCUGGGCCUUCCUCAAGCCCAUGCUGCUGGGUCGGAUUCUUUACACCCCUGAUACCCCCCUGACCAGAGACAUCAUGAAGAAGUCCAACGCCACGCUGCAGCAGUUCGCUGACCUGCGGGUGUACGCCCAGGAGUGGCUGAAGUCCUCCGGCUACGUGUUGGACUCGGCGAGGCUGCUGCAGAAGACCCUUCCGCUGCUCCAGAAUUCCCUCCGCAAUCCCUUCGUGCAGAACUUCAUCCAGCUGCAGACCGACAUCAACGUCCCCCUGUUGCAGCAGACCCUCACCAGCUUCUCCAACAUGUCCAUCCUGCUGGAGAAGAACAAGCACAUCAUCACGCAGAUCACCACGCUGUCCACGCUGAUGAUGAACCUCUCCUCCUGCGUCAACUUCGACCGCUUCCAGGGCCUCAACUCCACCGAGGAGCUCGACAAUCUCGGCGAGAACCUCACGCGCACCCGCGACCUCUACGCCAGUGUCAUCUUCGAUCUGCCGAAGGGCGAGGGGUCGAGCCCGUCCCGGCGGCGUAGGAACGCGCCGGGCUCCCCGCCCCUCCCGCCGAAGGUGGCGUACACCGUCCGCAUGAACAUCGAGAACGUGAUGCGCACGGACCGCGAGCGCAACCCCUUCUGGGUGAAGGGCCCCUACAUCUCGCCCGUCAAGACGCAGCGCUACAACCGCGGCUUCGUCUACCUGCAGGAGAGCAUCGACCGCGCCAUCAUGGAGCUGCAGCUGGGCCGCAGGGUGGAGGAGCCAGCCGUGCAGCUUCAGGCCUUCCCCUAUCCCUGCUACCUGCAGGACGAGUACCUGAACAGCAUCUCCUUCGCGUUCCCAUUGGUGCUCAUGAUCGCCUGGGUCCUGUUCAUCGCCAACUUUGUCAAGAAGCUGGUCCACGAGAGAGAACUGCGGCUGCACGAGUACAUGAAGAUGAUGGGGGUUAAUCCCUUCAGCCACUUCUGCGCCUGGUUCCUUGAGAGCUCGGCCUUCCUGGUCGUGACCAUCAUCAUCCUCACCAUCAUCCUGAAGGGCGGCCGCAUCCUGCCCAACAGCGACGGCUUCCUGCUCUUCCUCUACCUCUGCGACUACGGCCUGUCCAUCCUGGCCAUCAGCUUCCUGGUCAGCGCCUUCUUCGACAAGACCAACAUCGCCGGGCUGAGCGGCAGCCUGAUCUACGUCAUCUGCUUCUUCCCCUUCAUCGUGGUCAUCUCCCUGGAGACCACGCUGUCCUUCUCUGCCAAGAGCGCGCUGAGUCUGUUUUCGCCCACCUGCUUCAGCUACGCCAGCCAGUACAUCUCCCGCUACGAGGGUCAGGGAGAAGGGAUCCAGUGGAGCAACUCCUACGUGUCCCCGCUGGCGGACGACUCCUGCACCUUCGGCUGGCUGUGCUGGCUGCUGCUCAUCGACUCCAUCAUCUACUUCCUGGUGGGCGUGUACGUCCGCAUGGUCUUCCCAGGAAACUACGGCAUCGCGGUGCCCUGGUACUUUCCGGUGAUGCCCUCUUUCUGGGCGGGCCUCUGUGGCUGCGGGGACGGGUCCCAGAAGAAGAGGGGGGGCACGCUGUUCUCCAACAUCUUGCGCAAGAACCAGGUCAGCUUCCCCAAAGACAAAGACCCAGUCAGCGCUUUCCCCUCUCAAGUGGAGGAUGAGUUCGCCGACCUGCCAGUAGGGGUCGCCCUCCACGGCCUGACGAAGACGUACGGCAGUCGAGCAGCGGUCCAGAACCUCAACAUCGACUUCUACGACGGCCACAUCACCGCCCUGCUGGGCCACAACGGGGCGGGGAAGACCACCACCAUGUCCCUCCUGACAGGUCUGUUCGGGCCCACGUCUGGCUCCAUCGACGUCUACGGGAGGGACAUGGAGACCUACAUCAACGACAUCCGCAAGGACCUGGGAGUGUGCAUGCAGUACGAUGUCCACUUCGACCACCUGACCACCAAGGAGCACCUGCUGCUGUACGGCCAGAUCAAGGCCCCCCACUGGACGCGGGAGGAACUGCAUCGAGAAGUGCGCAAAAUCCUCCAGGAGACGGGGAUGUACGCACACCGGCACAAGCGGGUGGGCACCCUGUCGGGCGGCAUGAAGCGAAAGCUCUCCAUCUCCAUCGCCUUCAUCGGGGGGUCCCGUCUGGUCAUCCUGGACGAGCCCACCACCGGCGUGGACCCCUGCUCCCGGAGAAGCAUCUGGGACAUCGUCAUCCAGCAUAAGAAAGAGCGCACCAUCAUCCUGUCCACGCACCACCUGGACGAGGCGGAGGUGCUGAGCGACCGGAUCGCCUUCCUGGAGAGGGGCGGACUCAAGUGCUGCGGCUCACCUUUCUACCUGAAGGACAAGCUGGCCCAGGGCUACAACCUCACCCUCACCAAGAAGAUCCAGACUCCGGGCUCAGAAAUGCGGUUUGAGGGCGAGGAGGUGAAGGCCUUCAUCCAAUCACAGCUCCCGGAGGCCCGGCUGAAGGAGGGGGAGGUGGGAGAUGUAGUUUACUCCCUGCCGCCCUUCGGCUCGCACAACGCGGAGGCGUACCACGCCCUGCUGACCGGCCUGGACCGAAACCUGGACGCCCUGCAGCUGGGCUGCUAUGGGAUAUCAGACACCACGCUGGAGGAGGUCUUCCUCCAGCUGACGAGGGACGAGGAAGAGGGUGAAGGUGCGAGCGGAGGACCCGAGGUCGACUCGGUGGUGGACCUCUCUGUCUCCCGGGAGACCCUCCCCGAGGAGCCAACCGGAAGCAGCGCUGGAGACAAAGAAAUUCUGACGGGCUCCUCCACCGUGCGCGGCCUGGCGCUGGUUGGCCAGCAGGUGGCAGCCAUGCUGAUGAAGCGGGUGCACCACUCGCGGCGGGACUGGAAGGGCCUGCUCGCCCAGGUCCUGCUGCCCGUCCUGUUCGUCAUCGCCGCCAUGGGCCUGGGCUCCAUCCGGAGCAACCUGCAGAACUUCCCCAAGACGGAGCUCUCCCCGGCCCUGUACCGCUCGGGCGAGCAGUACUCCUUCCUCAGCAACCAGAACAGCAACUCCAGCAAACUGGCGGACACCAUGAUGUCCUUCCCCGGAAUCGACAACACGUGCAUCGACGGGGGGGCCGAGGCGGUGUGUCCGAGGAGCACGAAAUCUGGGGACGAGACCUGGAGGUCGAGUGGAAAUGACUCGGUUACGUUCAAAACCUGCACCUGCACCCAGGCGGAGCAGGUCUGCCCCCAUUACAAUUACCAGCCCCCCCACAAGAAGGCCCCCUCCUCCCAGGUUGUCUACAAUCUGACAGGCAUAAAUAUCGAGUCCUACCUGCUGGCCACCGCCAAUGACUUCAUCCGGGACAGAUACGGCGGCUUCGCCUUCGGAAGCCCCCUCCCCACCAGCCUGAAAAUGGACCUCAUGGACGUCCCGGACAACAGGACCCUCACCAAGGUCUGGUAUAACCCUGAGGGAUACCACAGUAUGCCCGCUUACCUGAACAGCCUCAGCAACUUCAUCCUGAGGUCCAACCUCCCGGAUGGCAAGAAAGCAGAAACAUACGAAAUUUCGGUGUCCAGCCAUCCCUAUCCCGGCAAGGUGCAGGACGAGGACGCCAUGGUACGGAGCCUGGUUCACAUCCUGGUGGCCCUCUGCAUCCUGACGGGCUACUCCAUCAUGUCGGCCAGCUUCGUCAUCUACGAGGUGCAGGAGCACCACAGUGGCUCCAAGGGGCUACAGCACAUCUCUGGCAUCGGGGAGCCCUUCUACUGGGCCGUCAACUUCCUCUACGACAUGGCCCUGUACAUGGUCCCCGUGACGAUCUCCAUCGCCAUGAUCGCAGCCUUCCAGCUCCCGGCCUUCACCAGCAAUAACAACCUGGGCGCGGUGGCGCUGCUGCUGGUGCUCUUCGGGUUUUCCACCUUCCCCUGGAUGUACCUGCUGGCCGAAGUCUUCAAAGACACGGAGAUGGCCUUCAUCAGUUACGUCUGCAUCAACCUCUUCAUCAGCGUCAACACCAUCAUCUCUACCUCCGUGGUCUACUUCCUGUGGCAGCUCAACCUACAGGACGAGAGCAUCCACCAUGUGUACCAGAUCCUGAGCUACGUCUUCCUCAUCUUCCCCCAGUUCAGCUUCGGUAACGGGCUGAUGGAGCUGGCGCGGGUGGAGAUGCAGGUGCAGAUCCUGAGCGCCUACGGCAUAGACGCCUCAAAGGACCCCUUCGGCAUGGACGUGCUGGGCUGGAUGUUCGUCUCCAUGUUCCUGCAGGGGGCGCUCUUCUUCACGCUGCGCCUGCUGCUGAACAAGUGGCUGCUCCGCAGGCUCAGGCGGCUCGUCUGCCGCCGGAAGACCGUGCCGGACACGGGCAUCAAGAACGAAGACGAGGACGAAGACGUGGUGGCGGAGCGCGAGCGCGUGAUCCGAGGCGGGGCCAGCUCCGACCUCCUGCAGGUCAACCAGCUGACCAAGGUGUACCGGCACCUCAAAAAGAAGGUGCAGGCGGUGAAACGGCUGUCCGUGGGCAUCCCCGCUGGUGAGUGCUUCGGGCUUUUGGGCGUGAACGGGGCCGGCAAGACCACCACCUUCAAAAUGCUGACGGGAGACAUCAGCCCCACGGACGGGGUGGCGCAGAUCCGUGACUGGGACGGGAGGAUGGUGGACCUCAUGGACUGCCGAAACGAGGGCAUCAACGUCGGGUACUGCCCCCAGGUGGACGCCCUGGACGACCUGCUGACGGGCGAGGAGCACCUGUACUUCUACUGCCGGAUCCGCGGCGUGGCCAGGACGGAGAUCGAUGGGGUGGUGAACUACCUGCUGAGGAAGCUGGAGCUGGGCUCUCACCGCCACAACACCAGCCUGAGCUACAGCUGUGGCACCCGCAGGAAGCUCUCCACCGCCCUGGCUCUGAUCGGGCACCCCCAGAUCCUGCUGCUGGACGAGCCCAGCUCCGGGAUGGAUCCGCGCACCAAACGCCACCUGUGGAGGAUCAUCUCGGAGGAAGUGAAGGGGAAGUGCGCCGUGGUUCUGACCUCACACAGCAUGGAGGAGUGUGAAGCUCUGUGCACACGCCUGGCCAUCAUGGUGAAGGGCCAGUUCCGCUGCCUGGGCUCUCUACAGCAUAUCAAGAACAGAUUUGGCAGCGGGUUCACGGUGAAGAUGUACAUGGCGGGGGCUUCCAGCAACGUGGACGCCAUCACCGACUUCAUGCAGCUGCACUUCCCCAGCACUUACCUGAAGGACCAGCACUCAUCCAUGGUGGAGUACCACGUGCCUGUCGCCCCCGGAGGCGUUGCAGACAUCUUCCACCAGCUGGAGUCCCACAAAACUGCACUGCAGAUCAAGCACUUCUCUGUCAGCCAGACCACGCUGGACGAGGUCUUCAUCAACUUCGCCAUGGGGAAGGUUGGCAUGGAGACGAUCCCCAUCCACAGCGACGGCUCUGACUCGGACAGCUUAGACUCCGUAGAAGCCAUCGACACAUAGGAGGAGAGGAAGGAUGGAAGGCCCAAUCUUGCCCACGAUGCACUACUCCCUAUAUCUUGACAUGCCCUUAGAUACUGUAAAAUAAGAGUGCCUUUCUACUGUUCUUCAGGAAUACCGAUUCUAAUAUAAUGAAGUGUAAUGCCUUAUUUGUAAUGUAACAAAUCUAAAACAAGCACCUUCCGUUAGAUUUAUUUGAUGCUUUUUUUUUUUUGUAAGCACAUUAAGCUUGGCCCUGUGAAAAAGGCAGCUCACGUUUAGCAUUCUUUGUUCAUUGCUGUUCUGUAGGCUAGUGGCACUGUUACUUUGUGCUACCGCAAGGUCAAGAUCAUGUCAAAGAAAUGCUGGGAAUGUGUUGUUCACCCCUCCAUAAUCCAAUGAGUCAUGCACCACUUUUUUCACCCAUGGGGCCAAGCAGUGAAGAAAUGUGCAAUCAAUUGUUUACUAUAAGCGUGCAUUAAACAAAUGUAUACCGUUAUUUUUACAAAUGGCCUAUAAGUACUUUGAAAAUGUAGGAAAUUGGAAAAUAUUUGGGUUAUACUUUUCAGGAAGGUAAAAUCAAUUAUUUAGAACUUUGUUUUUUUUUUUCCUCUUUGUUUUAUAUUUCCAGGUGAUUUAUUGAAGGUGUUAUUUAUAGGAUGAAUCCAGACCUUGUGAUAUGUCACUGAUGCCAAUCAAAGUUUCUGUAACAUGAAAGAAAAAUUUUUCACUGUUGUUUUUCUGUGGGAUUUGUGAUAUUACUACAGAACAAUUUCCCUUUAUUAGUUAUUAACUGUUACAUUAUGUGAUUAACUAAUCAAUUUCUCUGAAUUCAAUGAUGUGCUCAUAAGGUUCAAUGAAUGUAUCUCAUGUAAAAAGAAUAACAGAAUAUUUAAUUAAAUAUUUCUUUUUAAGCAAAUCGCUCAAGAAUAUUUAUCAUAAAUUGAUGUACUAGUUUUUAAAAUGUACUGAACAGAGGCCUACAUUAAAUAUAUAUUUCAAA